AUGUAAAUCAAAAACAUUUGGAGUUUCAAUAAGUUAGAUUAUUCUAGUGAAGAAAAUUAAGAAUAGAUAAAAGAUCUCAUUAAUAGAAUCCAGGAUAAGAGAAGGAUCAUAGAAUUUCUGUAAUUUUUAGUUUACCUUACAUCUAUGGAUAACACUUUGAUAUAAUGUGGAUCUAAUUCACUACAUACCUUAGAUUAGUUUAGAUGAAGGUCGAAUUUAGUAAUAACAAUAUUAAAACAUUAAGAUAUAAAAUGUUUCUUUCGUAAGAGCUAAUUUUGUUAGGUGUAAUUUUAGUGAGUCUUAAUUUAAUACUGACAACAUAAGUGGAACAAAUCUUAAUGGAGUAUUAUUGUUUAAUUGUAAAUGUAACAACUUAAGAAUUUAAGGAUCAAGUAAAUUAAAUAUUCAUACUAGUUUUGUUUACUCAGUCUGUUUCUCACAUGACGGAAAUACAUUAGAUUCUGGUAGUGAUGAUAACUCUAUCUAUGUAUGGGAUGUCAAAACAGGAUAAUAAAAAGCCUAAUUAGAUGGUAAUACUAAUCGAAUUUUGUAUGUCUGUAUAUCUCCUGAUGCAAUUUAUUAAUUUUCUAAAUGGCAAAGCAAUCUACUUUAGAUUAAACAGAUAAAGAUAAUCAUGA